AUGAAUGAGAUGAGGGCGGAUAGGGCUCAGAAAAAGAGGGAUGAUUCUCCUCCACAUACGGCUACGGAGACUCACACUCGUACGCCAUCUGUUACACCUCACCAGGAGGGGAGUGGUGCUAGUCGUCAGUCUGGUGAGUCGUCUGGGGUUGCUGGGCAAGUAUUUGUUGGUACUGAUGAACAGAGGCUCAUUUCUUUCAGAAAGCAUAAACCACCCGCAUUUCAGGGGUCAAGGGACCCGAAGGUUGUGACUACCUGGUUGAUGGGCAUGGAGAAAAUACUCCAGGUUAUAGGGUGUCAGGAUCCCCAGAGAUUAUUGUAUUCUGUCUACAUGCUUGAGGGGGAUGUCCACGAAUGGUGGUAUAAUGCAUCUCGCCCUUUUACUAUUCAGGGGGAGGAAAUUACUUGGGUUUUAUUUGAGAGGCUAUUCCAUGAAGAGUACUUUCCUAGGGAUGUCCGGGAAGCUGAACAGGGUGAGUUUGAGAAAUUAGUACAAGGUACCAUGACUGUUGAUGCUUAUGUGGCUAAAUUCAAUGAAUUAGUGAAGUUUGCAAAUUAUGGGGGUGUGCUGACGAAUCCUAAGUUUUUGUCUGCUAAGUUUCAGAGAGGUUUGAAUGAGAAAAUUGCUAAGAGGAUGUCCAAUACUGCCGUGAGGAAUUUUGCUGAUUUAGUGACCCAGUGCAAACGGGUUGAAAAUGUUUAUAGCAGGCAGGAUGGAUGA